CACACCUCGACUAACUCCUUUGGUUUUUCACUCGCCUUGGACAAGCACAAGCUUAAUCAGAACCAGAAAGAUGGCCGUUGCCGCUAUGCUCGCCGCAGCUGACGUGGAUGCUGCUCUUGCUGCCUGCCAGGCUGCUGAAUCAUUUAACUUCAAAUCCUUCGUCGCAAAGGUCGGUCUGUCUGCCAAAUCCGCUGAUGAAGUCAAGAAGGCUUUUGCCAUCAUUGACCAGGACAACAGUGGCUUCAUUGAGGAGGAGGAGCUGAAGCUGUUCCUGCAGAACUUUAAAGCCAGUGCCAGGGCUCUGACCGACAAAGAGACCAAGGCCUUCCUCGCUGCUGGUGACAGUGAUGGUGAUGGCAAGAUUGGAGCUGAAGAGUUUGCUGCUCUUGUAAAGGCUUAAAUUUUCAUCUGACCAAGACCCUUCCAAUUUCAAGGAACCAGAACUCACGACAGCUCACACCUUUCUCAACUGAACUUUAUAUAUAUAUAAGUCAUUCAUAGAUAAGAUAUAUAUCUUUUUUAUGUAUGACUUGUGGACGGUUUACUCUAUAUUGAGUAUGAUGUCUGGACAGGGUAUUGUCUGUGUAAGUUGGAUGUUUAAUUUCAAGCCCACUGGCUUGUGCAAAUGUACAAUCUCGAAUGCACUUCUGGGGAAGAGUGAAAAACAAGGAAUAAAUAUAGUUUUGGUGUAACAUGUCUUUGGAACGGACUUUACUAUCUUUUUUGGUAUGUGCU